GCUGUUCUGUGUGCGGUGUCGGUUGCGGGUCAGAACAGCUCCGGGUCAUCAUGAGGAGGCCUGAACAGACCGGAGCAGUCUGAGCUCUCCUGUCAGCACGAAGCGAACAUGGCGCGUCUUUAAAGCACAAACUGAGCGUGAAGGAGCCUGAAGAUCAGCCGCACGCACUAGUUACCUGUGAGCCUCACUGACAGUGUAAGGAAGCCCACGAGGGUCAGUUCUUCCACAGCCUGGCCAGGAUGUUGCAGCUGUGUAAAGUCACCAACGCUCUGUUCAUCAGUAACGCCCGCUCAGCCUGCAGCGACGAGCUCAUCCAGCAGGAGGCGGUGACGCUCUGCAUCAACGUGUCCAAGCAGCAGCCGUUUCCCUCCAGCAGCAUCACCAAGCUGCAGAUACCCGUCUACGACGACCCCAACGAGGACCUGUACAGCCACUUUGACCGCUGUGCCGACGCCAUCCAGAAGGAGGCGAACCGCGGCGGACGCAGCGUCGUCUACUGUAAGAACGGACGCAGCCGCUCGGCCACGAUCUGCAUCGCCUACCUGAUGAAGCACCGCAAACUGUCCCUGACAGACGCCUUACAGAAAGUCAAGACGGCUCGUCACGUGAUCGACCCGAACCCCGGCUUCAUGUCUCAGCUGCAGAGAUACGAAGAGGAGCUGAAGCGGAGACGAGGAAAGUCCUGAUCCUUCUCACAAAACUCAGAGUCCGCAGCUGAAAACAGAAGCGGUGCUGAAGCUUCUUCACCUCCGUCCUCCUCUUCUGCAGGAUUUUACACGCCGUCACUUUAAUUAAGGCUUAGAUGAAUGAAUUAACCUCUAGAUUACGGCCUCUUUUUUAAAAGAAGUCCCAACAAAUAUGUAUUGAACUUAUUUUAAUGUUAGGAUACUGAAGAUAUCCAAGUAUCUAAAAUGUGACCUGAUAAAAACAAUAUUUAAGGAAAGUUUUUAUUACAAAAACUGAACAAGUGGAGAUGAUGAGAAAAAGUAUAGAAAGUUUUAAAAUCAAGUCAAAUAACAUAAGAAGACAAAUUAACUAUAAAAUUUGAACUAAGCUGAAGUGAAGGUGGAACUGUUACCUCCUAAAUGUACUGAAUAUACACACUACAUGAUGUUCAUCUACAGAAAACGAGGCUCAUUUACUGUACGUAAUCACAAUAACAUUAUUUAUUAUUAUUAUUAUUAUUAUAUAUAUAUAUAUAUAUUUUUUUAUAUUUAAAUAAACCUUUACUUUGUUACAAAGCACUUAAAGAAAAAACAGACAGGACAACAUUUGUACCAAGUUUGUGGAAAAUAAAAGGUGAAGACAUCAAAAAGAGCGAAAAUGUGGUUUAUAUCUAAAAGUUCAAAAUAUGAACUAAGAAGUAUAUUUAUUAUCCAAUUAUCAGUUACGAUCUAUCAGGUUGCUGCUCACCGUUGGUUUCACUAUUGAUUACUUUGCAGCCAAUACUUCUAUUUAAAUUAAAAUAAAAUACUUUAAACCAUAAUUGGCAACAAAAUAGUAUAAAAACUGAUUAUUUUUAUGCUUGUCCUCUCAGUGGUUCACUAAUCAUAAGAAAAUCAAAAAGAAUGAUUAUUUUCUGUCUAAACACUCAGUUUUCUUUUCUUGUCCAAGUCUGAGCACACGUGGCUGCAGUCCCACCUUUUACCUCUAGGUGGAAUCACUUACACAGAAAAUAAUGCAGCCCCGUGAACACGUGACGAGUCAGGCUCCUCUUUAAUUUGAUCUGAAACAUUAAAAAAAUCCACAAAGAAGCUCAGGGAUGAUAAUAAACCGUGACGUGAGAUUUCGAUCUUCAUCAGCGUCUCUCUUGUGAACCUGAUUAAAUGAGAACUCACCUGGAUUUUAUUCUGACAGGAUGUAACCUUAGGAGGCUAUCUCACUGAUCCUAGGUCAGUUUCACUGUAGAGCAUGGAUGAUGUUACACUGAGAGUUUCAGUUAAGAUGUGAUAAUAUGGAGCUUUCCAGGUACUUAAGCCUCUCCUGUUAAAACUUGUUAAAUUCACACAAAACCUUUACAUUUAUUAUUUGUAAAAGAAUUAUUUCCCAGGAGGCUCCAAUUUAACUUCACCUGAGAUUUAAUUUGAACUUAGGUUAACAUAUGCCAACGUGGAAUUGUUCAUUUAAAUAAGUGAAAAGCUGAAAUUUUCCAGAACAGAAAUCUUUAAACUUUUUAUGUUGUCAUAGUAAAGUCAAAGGUUGUUACAAGUUAGAGAUUUGAAAGCUUUUUAGUUUAAAUCACCUUAUAAAACUGAUAAUAAUGUCGAGAUCAAGUAACAGUUUAUAUUAAUAUUCUAUGAAUCAGCCUCUGAAUGAUACACGGGAAAAACAUUUUCCUGGACAUGAACAGGAAAGCAACAUGUUCCUGGUCUUUUAUAUUUAAUUAAACAAAAAAACAAAAAGAAAGAAAGAAGAUUAAUUAUUAAUCUAAAAAAGCACAAAAUCUUGAAACUGGGCAUAAAAACAAAAGAACACAAACAAAAAUGUCUUGCCUUAAAGAGCCACUGAAUUAUUAAUUGUCAGUUUUUUUAAUGCUCCAUCAGAUGUCUUAAAGCUCUGUAAAUAUACAACAUAUUAAAUACUCAGGUUAAAAUAGUAGAAAAGAAACAAACAUAUUCAAGUACUUAUGUGGGAAACGGUCUGAAUUUUUAACAUUUUGGCAGCUUAUUAAGUCUGAACGUAAAACAUGUAAGUCUGUGAAAUUCAGCAGUUUUAUAUGUUAAAUGUGUUCUGUGAGUUUUAAUGCUGCUUCUGGUUAAUAAUUAUCUUUUAAUAAACAAAACAAAAAACCUUGUGAAAAUCUUUGGUGUCUGCAGAGUCUUACUGUUGAUCUCAGGUGUGUCCUCCUUUUGAUGCUGCCAUCAGAAUCUAAAAGAAAUGAUUUUAUUUGCACAGAUAUUAUUUAAACCACCUGUGACCUCAGUUUUUAUUGUAAUGAGUCUAUAAUUACAAAAGCAAACAGAUGUCUGUGUUAGCUAAAGGGUGUUACCAUAACAGGCGCUUAAAGAAAUAAUCCUGCCCUGCCUCUUUAAGACCAGGCUGCUGUAAACAAUCGUUUGUGAGAAAAUAAAAAUAAAGUUAAAUGUUGA